AUGGGAGUGCCACGGUCCCAGCACGUCUUCUUUAGGAGCUGGGUUGGGUCGAGUGGAGCGUCCCAGGUUGUGUUCACCUUCCUUUUGCUUCCAUGUUGCCUGGCUCUGGAUUUCAGAGCCCCCCCUUAUCUCCCAAAUGUUCCUUUCCUCUGGGCUUGGAAUGCCCCAACUGAACCUUGUUCUAAGAAGUUUAAUGUGCUGCUAGAUCUGAGUCUCUUCUCUAUGGUAGGAAACCCCCAAAAAGAUGCCAUAGGACAACCCGUUACCUUAUUUUAUGUCGACAGACUUGGCUUAUAUCCUCAUAUAGAUAGACAUGGCAAAGAUGAGAAUGGAGGACUCCCCCAGUUGGGGUCCUUACAAGGGCAUUUGGACAAAGCUAAGGAUGACAUUGCCACUUACAUGCCAAAAGACGGCAAGGGCUUGGCUAUCAUUGACUGGGAAGAAUGGAGGCCUAUCUGGGCAAGAAACUGGAAACCUAAAGAUAUUUAUAGGAAUCGUUCUAUUGAGUUGGUUCAGCAACAAAACUCACAACUUUCUGUCACAGACGCCACCAAGCUAGCCAAAGAAAACUUUGAAUUGGCAGGAAAACAGUUCAUGCAAGAUACUUUAAAAUUGGGAAAAACACUUCGGCCAAAACACUUAUGGGGCUACUAUCUUUUUCCUGAUUGUUACAAUCAUCAUUAUAGGAAAGACGGUUACGACGGGCAUUGCUUUGAUGUAGAAAAGAAAAGAAAUGAUGAGCUUAACUGGUUGUGGAAUGAAAGCACUGCGCUUUUCCCAUCCAUUUAUUUGAAUACCUACCUGAAGUCCAAUGAGCGAGCGGCGCUCUUCGUGCGGAGUCGUGUUUACGAAGCUGUUCGCGUUUCUAAAGUACCCAAUCCUAACAGCCCACUUCCAAUUUUUAUAUACGCUCGUCCAGUCUUUACUGAUCAAUCUUCGAAAUUCCUUACUCAGGAUGACCUUGUGAAUACACUUGGUGAAACUGUUGCUCUAGGUGCCUCUGGAAUUAUAAUGUGGGGAAGUCUCAAUUUAAGUCAAAAUUUGGACUCCUGCACGAAUCUACACAAUUACAUGAAGACUACAUUGAAUCCUUACAUCAUAAACCUCACCCUUGCAGCCAAAAUGUGUAGCCAAGUGUUUUGCCACGGGCAAGGAUUUUGUGUAAGGCGAGAUUGGGAUUCAUUUAACUAUCUUCACCUGAACCCAGUGAAUUUUGCUAUCGAAAUGAAGGACAAUGGAAAAUUCGUAGUACGAGGGGAACCCACACUUGAAGACCUGAAGCAAUUUUCCGAAAAAUUUUAUUGCAGCUGUUAUGGCAAUGUCAGCUGUGAGAAGAAAGUUGAUUUAAAUGACACUCAUGCCAUUCAUGUAUGCGCAACCAAAGAUAUUUGUAUAAAGGCCAUUCUAAACUCAGAAUGUGAAAUAUUCCAGUCAAGUACCAGUGUACUGCUCUUUUUCUUAUUCUUUUUAUUUUUUUUGGAAAAUGAAUGCUCUGGCAUACGAACAAGAAUUUGA